AGAAAAUAACUCUGAAAUAAUAAAUUAUAUUUACAAGUCUCGCAACUCUCCCGCCAAAACAUCUUAUAUUUGCAUAAACCGGAAGCAGCAUUGGUUUUUUAUUAUUAUCAACCCCGAGAAAUUGUUCGGGAUGGCGGCAAACGAUGGAGAGGAGGAGGCUACAGUAUCUCUUGUGGACGUCUUAGAGGAGGAUGAAGAGCUGGAGAACGAAGCCUCCGCUGUUCUCGGAGGAAGUGAUUCAGAGAAAUGCUCGUAUCCAGAGGGAUAUGUGAAGCGUCAGGCUCUGUAUGCCUGUAACACCUGCACACCGAAGGGAGGAGAGCCAGCUGGCAUCUGUCUGGCAUGUUCCUACAAGUGCCAUGAAGGCCAUGACCUUUUUGAGCUCUAUACCAAAAGGAAUUUUCAAUGUGAUUGUGGGAACGACAAGUUUGGGCAAAUGGAGUGCAAGCUGUUUGCGGAUAAAGAAAAAGUGAAUUCUGGGAACAAAUACAGCCACAAUUUUUUUGGCUUGUAUUGCACAUGUGACAGACCCUACCCAGAUCCAGAGGACGAGGUUCCUGAUGAGAUGAUCCAGUGUAUCGUGUGUGAGGACUGGUUCCAUGGUCGGCAUUUAGGCUGUGUAGUGCCAGACUGUGUGGAGCUGCAAGAGAUGAUCUGCGAGUCGUGCAUGAAUAAAACCCCUUUCCUUUGGGACUAUGCUGCACAUAUUGCAGUGCCAGCCAUAACAAAAGUAAAUCCCUGCAAAGGAGUGGAGGAUGUGAAGGUUGAGGUAGAAAAUGAUGAAGAAGAGAAGAAGAUUAAAAAUGAGAACCUGAAGAGCCCUGUAGAUGAGAAGGUGCAGGUCAAUGGGACAUCCUCCUGUAAGCGGAAACACCAGGAAGAAACCGAAGGUUCCUCAGAGGAGGGUUCGUGCUCUGGUUGCAGGCUGAGAGAGAUGAAGUCCUCCGGGAGGAGCCGGACUCUGCAGGGCGCUGUGUUCUGGCCCUCUGCCUGGCGCACAAAACUCUGCACUUGCACUGACUGCAAGAUCCUCUAUGCAGAUGCAGGAGUGCCUUUCCUCAUGGAUGAGAUGGACACUGUCCUGGCGUAUGAAAACAAGGGUAAGUCCACAGAGCAGGCUGAACAAGCAGGUGGAGCCGAGGGUCGCGACCCCUUGAUGUCGGCCCUAAACAGCUUAAAUCGGGUUCAGCAGCUGGAGAUCAUCCAUGAAUAUAAUGACAUGAAGACAGAACUGAAGGACUACCUGCAACGAUUUGCAGCAGAAGGAAAGGUGGUGACGCCUGAGGACAUCCGUCACUUCUUUGAACAGCAGCAAAGCCGCAAGAGACGACGAGCGAAUGCAGGCCAGUACUACUGCAGUUAAACAGCCUUUCACUCUGCCACUUCAAGCAUACCAGCUAAAUGCAAUCCUUCAUGUUUUCCCACUCAGUCUGUUCAUUUCAAGGCCACCCAUGGUUUUGUAAAAUGAAUACGCAGUUCAAAUUCAAGCCCUUAUUACGUUGUAUGAUUUUGACCUUGUAUAGUGAUGUAUAACAGGUUGUGUGUUUCCAAAGAUGUAGCUGUAAUUAAACCUGCCAGGGCUUGAUUUUGAGAUGACGUUCCGUUCAACCAUAUGGAAAAACAAUGGAUUUAUGGAAAAGCACUUCUAUAAUGUCACAUAAAUAUGACGUAUGAUUUUGUCACUCCUCAGGAGCUCUCUUUUAAGCAAUUUAAAAUGUGGCUGUUAUUUACAGAAGGUUGUCUGGGAAGCCACAAUCACAUGACUGCAGCAAAUAUUCACAUUCACGUACGCCGGGUAAAUAGUUCUAUUGGAAGAAUCUGUUUAGUCAAACCCACAUAAGCGCUUUUUCAGGUGGUCGAGUUACAAUUGUGAAUUGUCUAGUAAUGCUUGAUCUAACCUGUUUUAACCUGUUUUGUUUGUAGAUUCUGUUACUUUUUAAUGUUCUAUCUUUGAGAAAUAAAUAUGGUAAUACAUUUGG